AUGUUCUCUCGUUCUUCCCUGCUCGUUGCCUUUGCUGCGCUCGCCGCCGUCGCGUCCGCGACCAAGAGCCAGUGCAACACCGGCUCGAUCCAGUGGUCCAGAAGUUUGCAACCAGAAACUGACGUCGCGAGACGGUCCGAGGGUCCUCGCAUGCGACGACAGAGUUACAGAGGGCGGAUCAAAUUCUCACGAUGGUAUGCUGCCUCGCGUGCUCAGACGGCGUCGCACAAUCGCAAUAGUCACCCGGUGGCCAAGGCAGAUGUCGACAACGCCCACGCCGCAGUCGUCGGUGAUGCGCAGCUUCAAGCACAUGCUUCCGAACGGAGCGGCCAGGGCCUAUAUAACGAUCGGCGCCUACGCGAGCUCGCCUGCCCUACCCUCCUCGCCUCCAUGAUCAUAACCGAAAGCGCCGCCGACGCAAAAAACCAGCCAACGCGAGUUGGCGACCCAGAGGCCCAGCGCACCAGCGAAAGCCGACUGCUCGCCGAGGGCCCGCCACCGGCGUACGGCGCAGGACCGAGCAGCAAUAUACUCUACAAACCUUAUCCACCAGGUGCUCUCGAGGAACACGCAGAGCGUACGGCGACUCGCGCAGCUCGACGACGAUUCCUAGGCGCUUUUGCUGUAGCGGUUCUCAUCUGGGUCUUGGUCGGUAUGCUGACCGGCAGUAUCGCCGAUCUCGGUAGAUGGGGGCGCAACCACAACAACCGUGCCGUCGCGCAGGACGUGGAGACCGGCAUGGGUUGGCCGUCGGCGGAGGAUGGCCACAUCGAGCGAUGCGUGCACGGCGAUCAAUGGUCCGAGGCACAUCCCUACCCCGACGAUCAUGAACGCUACAUCCGUACCACGUCCUUCAAGCUACCUGUCGACGCGGAGCAUCUCUUCUUCAUCUCAACAGGGGCUCUGAGCUACGGCAAGCUCGACAUAGUUCAAGGCGAGCACGAAGGAAACGACAUCGAGGUCGAGGUCUCCGUCGUCUACUGGCUAGAACGUAUCCUGAAAAAGGCGAGCGUAUGCCGCCUCAGUCGCGAGGACGACCAGCACGGUGUCGGAAUUUUCACUCCGAGGUACUGGAAGCACCAAACAAAUAAGGAGAGCCUAGAUUUCCGCCUCGUUGCCAAGCUCCCGCGUCCCAGACGUUCGCCCGGCCACAUCAAGAAAUUCACGACCAGUUUGCACAAUUUUGCCACCCACGUCGGCAGCUUCCUGGGAGUGUAUCACUUCGACUCGAUUACUCUCCGCAGCACGAACCGGCCCGCGGUCAUCGAGGCAAGACAACGUUUGGUCUGCUUGUUCCCGAUCAUGCUAACCAUGACGCAGAGUUUGGGCGGCGAACGCAUCAAUAUCAUCACGACCAACAGCGCCGUUGAGGUAUCCGACAUUGUUCAAUCUCCGGCCACCGAGAUCCACACCACGAAUGGUCCUAUCACCGGCGUCUACAACUCGUCAACGUCGCUCUCCUUGACGACCAGCAAUGCGCGCAUCAAGGCCGACGUCCAUCUGUACAAUUACGGCAAAACAGAGUCGACUUUGAGUGUCGCGACCACGAACAGCCCUCUCGAAGCCAACAUCAGCUUCUAUAACGCGACUUCGAAACCGUCCCACUUCAAAGCGUUCACCACGACGUCCAACGCGGCCCUCAAUGUCCACUUCCCCACUCUCGCCAUCGACUCGGUGCUCAACUACAUCGCGCACACCACGAACUCGCCCGCGUCGGUAUACCUCCACCCGGCCUUUGAAGGAUCGUUCCACGGCCGCACGAGCGUCAUGCCCGCGCGACUCGAGAUCCCCGACUUCAAGAACGACCCCGCCGGUCGCGGGCGCACGCGGCAGGUGCAGAACCUGCAGCAGCGCUCGCGCGAGUUCUCCGGUCAGACCUGGUGGGGACCGAGCCACCCCAAGGAGUUGGGUUCGGUCUCGGUCUCCACGACCAACUCGCCUGUUUAUCUCCGGCUUUGAGGUCUUUGUUCAGCAUGCAUGUAACAUCAGCUCUUUUCUCUUACCCUUCGGUGCCUUCGGGGCGACAAAACACAAACUGUCUUUCUGUUGCAAUUUUCACGCUUUAUCUGUACUCUGACCGAGGUUAGGCAGCAAUUCAUUUGCGAGUGCACGAAUGCGUGCGCUUGAGACCAC